UUAUUUUGUUUCUCUGCACUGCUCCGCUGGCUGCAAUUUUGCUCAUUUCUGCUCUCACAUACAAUUUGCAAACGAAUAUUUAAACUAAAGCUAUGAGCCGUAGCGUUCCACUAGCGUUAAUACUAUAAUAGUGAAUAAUGUUUGUACGGCUAUGCCAGCACAGCUUUCAUAUAUUUGACUUGCUUCUUCUCAGUGCCGCUUUAACGAUACUCGUCUAUAUUCUACUGCCUCAUCGAUUUGCCCUGCGCUAUGACUACAUCGACAAGGAGAGAAUGGAGGAUGCGCUGCUUGCAGUCACCACUUCAAACAUCUCAUCUCAACAGGCGAUCGAUUGCACAUACAAGGAGACGCUAGCUGACAGCAAGUUCGUCUACGAUGCAUUCCAUCGGGAAAAAAUUCUUCGUGGUGAGGAAAUACGACUGGGCGGUGAAUAUCAGCCAGAAGAAUGCCGUGCACGAUACAGCACAGCUAUUAUUGUGCCCUAUCGGGAUCGUCAGGAACAGCUGGCUGCAUUUCUCAACUAUAUGCACAAUUAUUUGCGUCUGCAGCAAAUCCAUUAUCGAAUUUUUGUUGUGGAGCAAAGCGACCGCAAACCUUUUAACCGGGCCAUGCUCUUCAAUAUUGGCGCCAAAGUGGCCAACAGCUAUGGUUUUCCAUGCCUAAUACUGCACGAUGUUGACCUGAUGCCACUCAACUCCGGGCAGAUCUAUGCAUGCACAACUCUGCCCAGACAUAUGAGCUCGGCACUGGACAGCUGGCGCUUCCAUUUGCCGUAUCGCACACUCUUUGGCGGCGUCGUGGCAAUAAGCACCUCCCAGUUUAAAAUGAUAAACGGCAUGUCAAAUUUGUAUCAUGGCUGGGGUGGCGAGGAUGAUGAUUUGUACGAGCGUCUGAAAGUCCUAAGUAUAGAAAUCUGUCGCUUUGAUCCGGCUUACAGUGAAUAUACAAUGCUCAAGCACAAACACGAAAUACCAAAUGAAAAUCGAAUGGCGCUACUUCGAUCUGCCUCAUUGCGCAUGCACACCGAUGGUCUCAAUUCGCUGGCUUAUAAGGAAGUGGAACGCAAAAUGCAUAGCCUCUUUACGCUCAUCCUAGUCGAGACAUAGCUCACGAUCGAUAGUAAAUACUUAGCUACAGCUUUGUCAAGCUUGUUACUUAGCUUUUAGGUAUAGGUGAAUCUCUGCGACCCCAGCAAAUGGCAAAUGCAAAUAUCCAUUUAUGUUUAAGGAAGAAAGACGCUUUGUUAAAUGUACUGCAUUAAUUAUCUUGUUGUAGCAUAAACUAUUCACACCAAACUGAAGAGAGUUCGCACACAAAUAAAUAAUAAUAAAUUAA